GCGUCCGAGCGGACUGUUUAAGAAAGCAGCGUGGCCAUCUACUCGGCCACUUCCCGCGGAAGAAUGCAACUGAUUUACGGAGGCCAGCCUUUCAUCUUUGAGAAGACGCUGAAACUAUCAUCGGGGGAGGAGAAGCGCUUUUGGCGUUGCAACCAGUGGUGGAACCAGAAGUGUCGCUCCCGGGUCUUUACCAUCAACGAUGUCGUCUUUCCGCUCAACCGAUUCCACACGCACGAGGAGAUUGUGCGGCGCAAGAAGCGCGUGCGUCGAGUGCCUCCGGUGGAGACGAUUGCCAAGGUGGUCACCACAGUCGCCAGGGAGCAACAGCAGCAGCAGGCCCAGCCGCAAGAGAUUCAGCUGACCAGCGACGCCAUGCUGACCAACGCGCUGGAGGAUGAGUCCCCCGCCACGAUUGAUGUCAGCGAACUGGGCAUGCACCUGAAGUACGAGGAGAUCGUAGCGGAUGUCACCGGCAUUGUGGGAGCCACGCGAGUGGUUAGCCGGAGGAAGUGAGGCCCGACCUUUCAGUAGCAUGGAUUCAUUUAUCGUUUGACGAAAUGUCGCAUGGUCAGAUUUUACUAAAUAGAAAAUUCAAUGCAUUAUCUCUUCGUACUUGCCAAUUCGGUAACAAAAUAUACAUAGUUUUGUUUAAAUUAAACCGGGCUACUUACAGUUAUUAGCCAAUACACAAUAUUUUAGUUAUUAUUUAAGAAAAUACUUUAACUAAAUUUAUUCCUUUUGGAAACAUUUUCCAAGCUCGUUUGAUUUCCUUUUGAGAUACCACUAUAAUUUGAAUUGUUUCUGCUAUUGUUUCUAGAAAUCGACUUAUCUUACUCUAUGCGUAAAUAUUACUAUUUAUAUGUGUUUUAGGAGACGGAGAAGCUAAGUAAGCAAUUAAGAUUCAGCUUAUAAAUACUUAAUUGAUUGUAAAUUUAAUAAACGUAAACGUGCA